AUGGAGUGGUCAAGAGUGGGACUUUUGGCCAUCAUCCUUGGCCUGAGGAGUUUCCUGGCAGCUGGCCAGCUCAUCAACAGGAUUCCCCAUUUUAUUCCCGGCUCCGGAGACAUGUCCAGAUUCAGCUUGUCCGAGAACACUCCAGUCGGCAGUCCCGUAUACCAAUUGAGAGGUGUGGAUCCUGAAGGGAGUGAUCUUCGGUACAGCAUUUCUGGGCCUGUUUUCACUGUUGAUCGUGACACUGGCGUUGUUCGACUCCGGCAAGAGCUCGAUCGCGAAGCACAAGAUUCUGUGGAGGUGAUUAUUAGCAUCACAGACGAAGGUGUUCUCGGCACGGAACCCAACACGGUCUCACUCCGACGAGAGAUUCCCAUCAGGGACUACAAUGACAAUCCGCCCAUCUUCACGGGCAGACCGUAUUCGGCAUCGCUCAGCGAGUCAACUCCUGUGGGCAGCAUUGUGAUAAUCACCCCAGCGAUCACUGUCACCGAUCGCGAUGAGGGCAUGAAUGCCGAUGUGACGAUCUCCUGCUUCUCGGAGGCAUCGAUGGACACCUACAGUGUCUGCGAUGUGUUCAGCGUGACAACGGAGAGGAAUGCAGAGGGAAACUUCUCAGCCACGAUCAGAUUGAUCAAACCACUGGACUUUGAGACGCGUCCGUCGUACUUGCUGACGCUGAAAGCGAAAGAUGGGGCAUUUUCUAACCCAUUGACUGCCCUCGCGAGCGUGGCUAUAAACGUUAUUGACGUGCAAGAUCAGCCUCCAGUCUUCGUAAAUGCUCCGUAUUCGGCAACAAUCGAGGAAAACACUCCGGCAGACACCUCAGUGAUGACCAUCAAAGCCAUGGAUGGAGACACAGGGAAUCCCAGAGAGAUCCUCCUGUCUCUAGACCAGGAGAAGAACCAUCACUUCCGCCUGAAGUCAACGGGAGACGGAGAAGCUGUUCUCAUGACCACAGAAGUUCCUCUGGAUCGCGAAGAUCCUGAUGUGCUGCAGAAUGGAGGGAUUUACACGUUUAAUAUCAAAGCCACUGAGCUCAUUAAUGGUCAAGUUCCUGCUGAUGAAGCCCUGACACAAGUCACAAUCGUCCUAACUGAUGUCGAUGAUCACAGGCCAAAGUUCAAUGCUCCUGAAUUUGAUAUUGAAAUCCCUGAGAAUCUGGACUUUGACACGCCUUUGCCAGGACUUUCGGUGUACGUCAUUGAUCCAGAUCUGGGGCCAAACAGUCGAUACAAUCUGUCUCUGGAGAAUAUAAAGAACGCCGACGGCGUCUUCACCGUCAGUCCAACUUACGGUGAAGGAAGAACUCCUUUGGUAGUGAAAGUAGUAAAUCCCAAUCGUCUGGAUUACGAUGUCGCCAAUAAGGAUUUGCGAACUCUCGAGUUCGACUUGGUGGCGUCAGUUAAUGGGGAGAAACAGGCUUCAUCAAGAGUGACAAUUCAUCUGCAAGACGCUAAUGAUAACGCCCCGAUAUUCACAGAUAAUAGUUAUCAGUUGAAAGUGGAGGAAAAUGCAAAGGUUGGAUUUCAAGUGGCACAAAUUCAGGCCACCGAUAAAGACUCGGGAGUGAAUAAGAAGCUUAAAUACAUCCUCAAAGGCUUCGGGUCGGACAAUUUCUACACGGAUUCCGAAACAGGCGGACUCUAUGUGAAGAAGAACCUGGACUAUGAGGAGCAGAAGAGCUACAGCAUGGCGUUGGCGGCUGUCGAUGGUGGCGGUUUGGAGACCAAUGCCAAUUUAUUCAUUGACGUGAUUGACUUGAAUGAUAACUAUCCCGAGUUUGAGUCUCUGGAAUAUACGCGCACGAUUCGCGAAGGAGCCACAGAAUUCGAGCCUCAGUUCUUUGUCAGAGCAACGGAUGUUGAUGGUCCAACUCAAGGCGGCGGCCGAAUUGCUUACUCCAUCGAGGCGGAGAAUAGCAUAUCAGGAAGAGUCUUUAGCAUCGACAGAGACUCUGGAGAGAUUGGAAUUCUCACUCACGUGUCGUCAAUGGACACAGAGAGAGGUCAAUAUGAACUUGUGGUCGCGGCAACUGACUAUGGCAAGCCACCGCUUAAGAAUACAACGCGAGUCCUCAUUCGUGUUGGAAUAUCUGGCAAUCAGCGACCGAUAUUCAAAGGUCACUUCUCCUCUCUGCACACGGCGAUUCCCGGGCCGCCGAGCUACAGAGUGUCCAUUCCAGAGAAUGCGGAAGCUGGAUUCAACGUGACGACAGUGUCGGCGUCCGAUCCCGAUGGCAUUGACGCGCUGCUGCAGUACAAGAUCGUGGGAGCGAGUGAUAAUUUUGAGAUCGAUGAAGACACAGGUUUAUUGACAGUGUCCACACAGGCGAGGCUCGAUCGUGACUCGAAUGCCGAUAGCUACACAAUAGUUGUGAAUGCCAUUGACGCGGGCUUCCCAAUUCCCGAAACGGCCACCGCCACAGUUUACGUGAAGAUACAAGAUGUUAAUGACAAACCACCCAAGUUCAAGCAGCCUAGUUACUCGGCGUACGUGUCGGAGAGGGCAGAAAUCGGGAGCAAAGUGCUGGACAUCACAGCCACAGACACGGACUUGAAUGCAGAUCUUGAGUACAGCAUUGUGGAGCCAAUCAGAGCCACCUCGAAGACGGGUCUGCAGCUCACGUCGACGCACGCCUUUGACUUCAAGCACGCCUUCAGGGUCGAAGCGGAGAAUGGGAGUUUGUUCGUUAACUCUUCGCUGGAUUACAAUCUGGCAUCGGUUAUCAUUCUAACGAUUGAGGCGAGAGAUAAGAAUGCAGAGUACAAUGUUGAGCAACAAGUCACCACCACUGAAGUCACGCUCUACAUACAAUCGUUCAAGGACACAAAUCCUGUGUUUAAGAACAAGGGUUGGACGAGCACAAGACCAGUGAUAUACAAGGACGUUAAGGAGGAAAUGCCUAUUGGGAGUAUUUUGUUCACUUUAGCCGCUGAUGAUCCGAUAACAGAGGAGCCAAUUAAGGAAUUUGACAUCGUCUCGCCUGACCUGGGCGGCUAUGUUGGGAUCAACGGCCAGAGUGGAGAGAUUCUGCUGAAGAAACGUCUUGACUACGAAAACUUGACCACUCCUUAUGUUCUCUUCAGCGUCAGUGCCACAAGCAGAGAUGGCCAGAGAAGUACAGUCACGAAUGUCAACAUCACAGUGCUGAAUGUCAAUGAUAACGUCCCAAUUUUCUCGAGCAAAAUCUACAAAGCAACAAUCAUGGAGUCUGUAAAGUUCCCAGAGAAAAUAGCAACAGUUCUGGCGCGAGAUAACGAUGCUGUGCUAACGGAGAGAGAUGAAGUGAAUGGAUUUAACAAGAUUAGCUACUCAAUAUCCGGUCAGCAUUCUCAAUACUUCACAAUCAAUUACACAACGGGAGAGAUUGUUGUGGCCGCUAAUCAUACAAUUGAUCGGGAGAAGCAGUCGGUGUUGAAAUUCACCGUACAAGCUGAAGACGCUCUUGGGAAGCCUUCUGAGGCCCGAAAAAGCACAUCAGAUGUUGUCAUCGACGUCCUCGAUGUCAAUGACAAUCCACCCGCCUUCGCCAUGAAGACUUACAGCGCUGUGAUCCCGGAAAACGUGCCAAUUGGCUCACAGGUGAUCAACAUAUCAGCCACGGAUCCCGACGAGGGGCCUGGAGGAGAGAUUCGCUAUGAUCUGCUGAAUGAAGGCGAAGCCAAUGGAUUGCUGAGGAUUAAUCCCAUCACGGGUCUGGUGGAGACGAAGAUUCCGCUGACGGGAAAGGGCAGAGCUGAGCCCUAUCAGCUGGUGAUACGGGCGCAGGACAAUGGAGGACAGGUUCCGAAGCAGGAAUCGCUGUACAGCGACGCAUUCUUCACCCUCUACAUUGGCGAUGUCAGUGCCAACGAUGGGAUUCCCUUCUUCAUCGCCCCGCAUGUGGGCCAGAUUGCCAAUGUGACUGAGAAUGCUACCAUUGGCUCACCAGUCUUCCAAGUCAUCGCCAGUGAUCCAGACAGUCCGGCGAGUCCUAGUGGAAUGCUUCGAUUCAACAUCCAGAAUGACACUGACGACGCCAAGUCCUUCAGGAUCAACAGCAAAACGGGUCUGAUAAGCACGACUCAGCCUCUGGACAGGGAAGCUCAGGCGUCGUACAGUGUGAUAAUCGUUGUGGCGGACAAGGGCGAUCCUCCUCAGGCGUCCACGAGAGUCCUUAGGAUAAAUGUGCUGGACAUUGAUGACCACAAACCGAGAUUUGUGCGAGAAAUUCACGCAUCACCGUUCGAGAUUGAGACUCCUGAAGAGCAAAGUCUGGGAUCAAUUGUUGGGAAUAUCUCAGCGGUAGAUGAGGAUAUUGACGAAAAUGGAGCGAUUGAUUACGAUAUCAUUGAUGGAAAUCAGGAGAACUUGUUCAAGAUUUCCCGAACCAAGAACAACAGCGCUAUGAUUUUAGUCAAUGGACGAUUGGACAGGGAAUCUGUUGAGUCUCAUCUGUUGACCAUCAAGUGCUUCAAGUUCACCAGCAAUCCGAGGAUUUCAAGAAAACCCUAUAAUCCUCACGAUAUGUCUGAGAUUCAGGUGCUAAUCAAAGUCCGUGAUGUGGACGAUCAUCUGCCGGAAUUCCAUCCGGCGAAUCAAACUCUUGGCGUGCGUCACAAUGUCCCAAUAGACAUGAGUCUCUUGACCGUUGAGGUCUCGGACAGGGAUCCUGACGCCCUUCCGGUGAGUCUGGAACUCGUGAAUGUGACUUACACUCCGCAAUUCUACAAGAGAAGCAACAAAUCCCACAAUCUGAGGUCUCUUUUCUCACUGGACAAUCAAACUGCUGAAGUUCGAACCCUGAAUAGCCUGAGUGACUAUGUCGAUGGCUUCUUCGAGAUCACCAUCAGGGCGAAUAACUCGCACAACGCGAGCAGAUUCACAGACAAUGUUAUCAAGUUAUUCAUCAUAAGGGACAAAUCUCUGCUGCGAUUCGUCUUUGGCCGGCCAGCGGCGGAAGUGCGCUCGAUGAUUGGAGAAUUCAGCCGAAUUGUCCAGGAGAAACUUCACUCGUCAGCCUUAGAGCUGCACAUCUUCGACACUCACGUUCUCUCCAAGGCUGAUCACAGUCUGGACUUCAGCUCGACCAGCUCCUGCUUCCAACUCACCCGCCACGGUUCAGCCCUUCCGCCACACGAGAUGCAGAAGGUCAUGGACUCUGAUGAGAUCAGGGAGCUCUUGACCCCGACAUAUGUGGAGUAUUCAGUGUCAGCUGUGGACUCAUGCGCCGUGAAGAGAAAUCUCGCCACGGGUAGCUUCAUGUCGUCUUCGGGAACGUGGCUGGUCAUUCUGGCGGCUCUGAUUGGCGUGGCGGCUCUCAUCGCGACUUGCACGUCGUUCUGCCUAUUCAGAAGAUUCAAGGUGCAGACAAAGAGAUUUCUAACGCCGCGUGUGCCGCCUGAGCCGUACGGGGCCGGGGCUCCCGUCCUCUAUGGGCCAUUCUGACCUGCGGAAGUCAACUGCCACCAAAUGUGAUUUAAGUGUGAAAGUGUGAGCGUGAGGCCUAAUAAAGAUUAUCAGACGGAGAGUGUGGGUUGAUUUGCCACAAUCAAAUAUAUUCGACAGUGUCAUCAAACUGUUUGAUAAGACCGUUUCGGGCGUAUCAAUAAAUCAAUCACUCGUCAGACGACAAUCAACACC